CUAUAAAUAGGAAGGAUGAAGCCAUCAGAGAUCAGCUUCUCUCUACAGAGACCUUUACAGCACAGAGAUCCAACCAUGGCACCUACAAUCACAACAGCAGUAACCAUCCCUCAGGAGCAUCUGACUCUGAACCACAAGCUCAGAAAGCCUCUGGUGGAGAAAUUACGCAGAGAGCGAAUUAACAGCAGCAUUGAGCAGCUAAAGUCUCUCCUGGGUCCAGAGUUCCUCAAACAACAGCCAGACUCCAAGCUGGAGAAGGCAGACAUCCUGGAGAUGACAGUUUGCUUCCUGAGACAACUGCAGCAGCAGCAGCAGCCAGAUGUGGACUCAGCAACUGUUGAUCAGGGCUACUCCAAAUGCGCUGAAGAGGUGGUGGAUUUCCUGUCCAACGAUGAAGUGAAGGCACAGUCCCAAAGAAGACUGCUGAACCACAUCAGCAUGAUGCAGUCUUUCUCUGAGAAAAACUUGAGAGAAGUGGACUUCUCUCCUCUGAGCUCAACAGGACAAAGCAACAUCAGCAAAGACGAUAAUCCAGUCCGCAGCGCCCCCUGGAGGCCGUGGUAGAGCGCUACAGACAUAUGGUCCCACAAGAGAAACUUGACCAUUUGGUGAAAAACUACUGGACUGUUAUUUUUUAAGGAUAAUUUUUUUUCUGUUUGAACAGAAGAUGUUAUACAUUUUGUAUAUGUGUGUAUUUUUCAAGAUUACAUUUCCAGUAAAAAUGGCAGCAGAAUUGUCUUUAGUUUUAAAAAGAUAAACAUAUUCUCAUGCAUUUUGUAUGAAUUUUCUAUAAGUACACUAGCGAUACUGUAGGAAUAGGAAUGCUGGUAACAGCCAUUAUGUUUUGAUUAUUUGUAAUCAUAUACUCAAGUUUAAAUAUCCUUUUUAUGGACCAAUUAAUUUGAAGGAGUCUAACCAUAUUCAGUCUUAACUAUUUGUUAUAAGACUGAAAAAUGUACACUUUUAUUUUAAAAAGGUUUUUCCAGUAUUCUUUGUUUUGUAAGUUUAAUUUUCAACAAUAGUAUUUGUUACUAUUGGGAAACAUAUUGAUCACUUUGAUCUAGUUGGUUAUGCAUUUUCUAUAAAUCUACCUCUUUUUAUGUAAUUUGUAAAAAGAAAUGAUCUUCUAAAAAUGUAUUAUUACUAUUUUUUUUACAAAAGUUUUGUUUGACAGUCACAGUUUAUUUGUGACGGUAUUUACGUGAAGAAAAACAACUUUAUUUAGUUGUAAUUAUAAUGGAUGUGAUCUGUUUUAAGGUCAGCGUUUGCUGUAAUCUCUAUUAUGUUGAUUAAAUCAACACUUUUUGCUCCAUAAAAGGAGCGAGUUUCCUCUGAAACAAUGUACUUUGUCUUUUAUAAAGACAGCUGUUCUUUUAAUUUCUCUGAGUACAUUAUGUCUUGUAAAAGUCUGAAUGUUGUUGUUGAUGUAUCAUCACUAGUUGGAGCUUUAACAAAUUAAAUUGCUCACUGUGCCUUGUUGAAUAAACAAAUACUACCAGAUAAAA